AUGGCGAGCGGUAAGAAGAGUGCGCUGCUCUCCUCCUUGGCAGAUUAUGGAGACGAUUCAGACCCCGACUCAGACCCCGAACUAGAAGAGACAGGGGGUCGUGGAGGAGGUCUGGUAUAUAGCUAUGGUGAUGAUGACCUGAACCGAACUGAGGGUGUCGAUGACAAGGGGUCUGGAGAUGAAGACAGCAGAGAGAGCAACUCGGAAAUGGACGAAUCUGACGAGGGGAGGGACGCAGAUGAUGUUGAGAUCCCAGAAGUAGAAAGAAAGGACCCCAAUGAGUUAGUUGCUUUGUUCUCAGAGAAGGUGAGGAACAUGUCACCAGAUGAGAUCAGGAUCCCCCCCGAGCCCCCCGGACGCUGCUCGAGCCAACUACAGGACAAGAUCCACAAGCUGUACGAGAGGAAGCUCCAUGGAGAUUUUGACACAAACAGCCACAUCCAGAAAAAGAAAGAAUUUAGAAACCCAAGCAUUUAUGAAAAGCUCAUUCAGUUCUGCGGUAUAGAUGAACUGGGAACUAACUACCCAAAAGACAUGUUUGAUCCUCAUGGCUGGUCGGAGGACUCUUACUAUGAAGCUCUAGCCAAAGCCCAGAAAGUGGAGAUGGACAAACUGGAGAAAGCCAAGAAGGAGCGGACCAAGAUUGAAUUCGUCACUGGGACUAAGAAGGGAACCAACCCCUCCAGCACAGCAGCCUCCACCACCAGCAACACCACCACCACCACAGCCACAGCAGAGGCCCAGAAGAGGAAAAGCAAGUGGGACUCUGCAAUCCCCGUGACCCUGGCCCAGCCCACCAUCAUCACCACCACCGCGACCCUGCCUGCUGUCGUCUCCGUGACAACCACUGCCAGCGGCACCAAGACCACCGUCAUCUCUGCAGUGGGCACCAUCCAAAAGAAGGCAAAGCAGUGAGCACAAACAAUGGGCAGAAUCAUUCAGUCGUUUGUGUAUAAGAGUGAGCGAUCGAAACAGUGACCAACAUGAAGCUGGAAGACCCGUGUUGUCCUGUGGUUACUAUAUAUGUACAAAGAUGCAGAGAGAGGACAAAUGAACCGAUGGACAAUUGGUGUACCUUUUUAUAACCAACCUACAAAUGCUCUCUGCUCCACAUGGACAAAUCUAAAGACUUUACUGCCUUCUAUCUCUGGGAUUGUAUCUGCACUACUGCAUCAUAAAGCCAAAUUCACAGUUUGGUGAAAAUACUCAUAGCGCUGUGAAUCUGAAGGUGUGCCGCUCUCAUGCUGAUGAAACCCGUCUGUCAUUCAUUUUUUUUAAUGUAUGUUGGCAACAGUUGUUAGUCUAAAACAGUUGAAGAGAACAAUAGCGUGACAAUGGUUUAAUAAGAAAAAGGGUCCCAAACAGACCUGUGAGAGAUAUCUGAAAAUGGGGUUAUUUUUCUAUCCAUAGUUCUGGUGCGGUGUUUUCAUGCCUCCUGUACCAGUUAUGUGUAAUAGCUUGACAUGUGCAUUUGUUUUCCAGCCAUUUUUUUUUUCAUCAUUGGCAUAUUGACGUCUCUAAGGUAAGAUUUUUUUACACUUGUACAUAUGUAUUGAUGGUAAGGUGAAUAAAUGGAUCAGAUGUUGCCUUUUUGA